AUGGACUAUGUCUUUAAUAUACUCGAACAGUACGCUUCGACGCUGGAAGAAGAAGUAGCGGACAGAACGAAAGAAUUAGUGGAAGAAAAGAAAAAAAGUGAUAUUUUACUGUACAGAAUGCUACCUAGGCAGGUGGCCGAAAAACUGAAACUCGGUCAGACUGUGGAGCCAGAAACAUUCGAAAGUGUUACGGUGUUCUUCUCGGACGUCGUGUCUUUUACGAAAAUCGCUGCGAAAGGCACUCCUUUACAGGUCGUUAAUUUGCUGAAUGAGCUCUACACAAUUUUUGACGGUAUAAUUAACGAACAUGACGUAUAUAAGGUGGAAACAAUUGGUGAUGGUUACCUCUGCGUUAGCGGACUACCUCAUCGAAAUGGCAACGAGCACAUAAAGGAGAUCUGCGGCAUGUCGCUAGACUUCACGAACAGCAUUAAGUAUUUCAGCAUACCACAUCUACCAAAUGACAGAAUUCACCUCAGAAUUGGAGUCCACACAGGUUGA